AUGACUGCUGGUUUCAUCUCAGCAGUCUCUGCUGCAAAUUCAACGUCUGGAUCAGCAGGUGUUGAUGAAAUGACCAUGACAACGGUGUCAACUCCAGCAACCGAUACUUCGACGGAAGCAAAUGCUUCUCCAAUGGAAACUUCAGAUAUAUCGUCAUCAUCGACAAACGCUACGACCUCGACCAAGUCAAUCACAAACAUUGCAUUAAGCUCUGAUGUCUUUGCAAAUCUCAAGACACAGACGCAUCCGAGUGACUCGUACCAUAUGCCCACUUUACGUGUCAUACAUGCCCGUGUGCAGAGCGACGCUCCUAUUCUCGUCGACGGAGUAUUCGUCUCGAGCUUUGGUGGUGGUGAACUUGAUGCUGGCUAUCUGUCUGCUAUGGAUACGGUCAAUACUGCGUCUGUCGAAGGAGCACUCAUGUACGUUCAGGCUGAAGGUAUCAACGUGAAAGUUCGUGCUGAGGACGAACGCUGUGAACGCAAGUCGAGUAUGGCAAACAUUGUGUUCUAUGAGAUUAUCCUGGUGCAGACAAAUGAGACGUUGGCUCAAUUCCAAGAUUCGUGGGGUAAGACGCCCGAAUAUGGUCCCAUGCUGCCUAUGGACAGUGGUCGCUGCACGCCUCUUUCGGGUGACGACGACUUUCCUGCCGGUUGUUUGCAGUUUAAUGGUGACGAAGGUCAGCCAAACGUUGGUCCGUUCAUUGGUGCCGGCAUCAAGGAUGACGACGUCCGUGCUCCAUACCCGGACAACUAUUGGUUCUCUUUCCCGGGCUCGUGUCCGCUAAAAGUUUGGGCCGAGAAGACGGACGAGUGCCGUGAGAAAACCCGCAAGGGUCUGUGCAACUACGGUGAGGGUCCCGACGGUGUCGAGUGCACUUUCACCUAUAACAUCAUGGGCUGGGUCACCAUCGACGAUAUUGUGGGUAUCACCGCUAUUGAGAACCCGGAGACGGGCUCAAUGUAUGCCAAUUUCACGGAGUGGUGUCUCGCUGACUCGAACAACAUUGAGUUCUCUGCAAACGCCGAAACUGGUGAGUUUGAGGCGGGUCUGCCAUUCUGGAAAGACCCGCUCAACUCGACCGCGAACGCUGCUCGCGCGGAGGCUGUCAUUGCCACAUACAAAAAGACUCUUUCUUCUGGCUCGACGCAGAUUGAUGACAGUGUGGUUGCCGUCUUUCGCGCGCUACCUACCCCGGAGGAACUUGCUGCUUCAAAUCCGCCAUGUUACAUGACGGUGGAGGCUUGUGGUUCUGGCAAUGGAUGCAAGCGUGUUGGCUACUCCCAGAUCUGCACUGAGUGUGAGGCUGAUGAGGGCUGCGAGACAAGUGGAAGCGACUUUGUGUACCCGAAACUCGAAAAGGCCUACACUGACUUGUCCGAGAAUGAGACCACGACUAAGAUUGAGGACGGAAACAGUACUGGUGCUACUGGAUCGACUGCUGGAUCGACUGCUGGUUCGAGCAAAUCAAGUUCUGCUGCACCGACGAUCUUCACUCUCGUGUCAGUAGUUGUUGGUCUCAUGACUACAGUGUUUGCCCUGUAA